UCUGGCUUCUGCGCGCUCCGGGACGCACACCACCGGCACCCUCACAACACCUGCGUAUUCAAUUCCAAUCUCUGAUUCCCACAGCUUUAAUCUUCUACUUACGUGCAAUAAACAAAGCACAUGUGAGGAAUAGUUUGUAAACUGCCCCCCCUGCGCACCCGUUUCAUAUAUGAUAUAUCUAGCUCUCCUGCUUCCUUUUCUUAGGUUCUGAGACGAUGGAGAUGAGCAGCUGGCUGGGCUUCUCCUUGUUCUCCGCCAAGGAGGAAGAAUUUGAUGGAGGUGGAGGGGACGGAGGAAGAGAUGGUGGUGUUGAUCCUCUUGUUCUUAUGCCUCUCAGCUCUGAUGCCUCCCUCUGCCUCAUGGAGUCACCCUUGCUGCAGCCUCAAGCUUCAGAAUGGAAAUAUGAUGCAAUUGCGGGCGCCGACACCAGCCCAAACCCGGAUGAACAAGAGCCAAAGCUUGAGGAUUUCUUGGGUGGCUACUCUGAGAAUUCCAAUGAGGAGAACCAUCCCCGGCAGCACCAGCCAAUUUCCUAUUUUGGCAACGAGAUCAAUGUUAACAUGCCCCCUUCCUCUGCCAUUGCUGAGAGUUUGCCGACCAUGGAGAAUCUCGAUGCCUGUUAUCGCUACAUACACUCGAAUUGCCACAACCAUCACCACUCUAGCCACUCAAUUCAUGAUCCUCAGACCCUCAAGCCGGCCUUCGCUGCCAAUGAUAUCUAUAAUGUAGGAACGCAAGGCUCAACCUCUAUCUCAGGCAUGAAGUCAUGGCUCCGUCAACAACCGGCAGAGGUGAACGAGUCCCAAUCGCUAAGCCUUUCAAUGACCCCUGGUUUUCAGAUGGGUUCCCAUGAACUUGUUGAAGCUGUUACUGAUCCCAAAUUCCUGAAUGGAAAAUGGACAAUCAGUGGAUUGGUUCCCCGCAAGUCUAUCGAGACUUUCGGACAGAGAACCUCACAGUAUAGGGGAGUGACAAGGCAUCGAUGGACAGGACGAUAUGAAGCCCACCUAUGGGACAAUAGCUGUAGAAGGGAAGGUCAGUCGAGAAAAGGAAGACAAGUUUAUUUAGGAGGUUAUGACAAAGAAGAAAAGGCUGCGAGGGCCUAUGAUUUGGCGGCAAUCAAGUACUGGGGACCGACAACCCACACAAAUUUCCCGCUCAGCACCUACGAGAAGGAGCUCAAAGCGAUGAAGAACAUGACUAGACAAGAGUUUGUUGCCAAUUUGCGAAGGAAGAGCAGUGGGUUCUCUAGAGGGGCAUCUGUUUAUCGAGGAGUGACAAGGCACCACCAGCAUGGGAGAAGGCAAGCUAGAAUUGGUAGAGUGGCAGGCAACAAGGACUUGUACCUUGGCACUUUCAGCACGCAAGAGGAAGCUGCAGAAGCCUAUGACAUCGCGACGAUCAAGUUCAGAGGGUCAAAUGCAGUGACAAACUUCGACAUUAGUAAGUACGAUGUGAAACUCAUUUGCUCGAGCUCCCACCUUAUUGGAGGGGAUCUAGCAAAACGAUUGCCAAAAGAAACCACUCCCACAAAGUCGGGUGCUGAUGAAUUGUCGAACGCUCCACCACCGGAUUCAAAGCCGGAUAAUGCUGCGACCUUAGACACAUUACCGUUUGCUUGGCCUUCAACAAGCAAUGACCCAGUGGAGAGUUUUAAACGCCAUGUCUCCUACCAUAACAUGUAUGGAGAUUAUUCUCAUGGGUUCUUCUAUCCUCCGGCGAUGAAAUACGAACACGGGCAAUAUGGUGAUGGUUGCGGCGGAGCCAAUUGGACGGCUGCGGCUGCGCGAUCCACCAAUGUGGCUGCCGGCAAGCAACCUCCAGCGUCUACCCUGUGGAAUAAUUGAACCCAAAGAUUACGGCAACUAUGAGGAAGCUUGCAAUUUCUGAAACUUCACUGCAGUUGAGCUGUGUAAGUCUACUAGCAAUAGCAAUAAGAUUUAAAUGACAUUGCAGAU